AUGGAUAGCAGAAAUCUCCAAUUGACAAAAGAAAUUAUAGGAAAGACUCUAGGGCAGUCAGGAGAAGAUGUAAAAGAUAUAUAGUCACUCAAUAGUCUUGGGAAGGAACUGACUCCCCCCCCCUUUAAAUUGGAACAAAAUAUAGGGAAAAUUUCCACUUUUUUGGUAAAUUAACCCCCCUUUAAAUUGGAACAAAUUUUAAUUUUAUAAUAAAAAAUUUUAUAUAUAUAAAUCAUUUUUUUAUGUAAAAAGUUUUGAUAUAAAUUUAAAUGUUUCUUCUUAACUAAAAUUAAAAAUUUAGUUAUAUCCUGCUCUUGUUUAAAGAAUAGAAUAUAAAGAGCAUCUUAUUUAAAUAAAUUUAUUAUCCUUAAUUGUAAAUUUUUUAAAAAAAUUUUAAUUUUUUUUUUUUUAAAAAUUUUCAAUAAAAAUUUUCAAAAAAAUUUUAUUUGUUUUGAUAAAAAUGAUAUUUUUUUUAUAUAAAUAGCUUUGAUAUAAAUCCAAUACUACAAAAAUUCAAAAUUUACUUAUUUCUUGCUUUAUUUUAAAGAAUAUAGUAUAAAUAACAUCUUAUUUAAACAAAAUUAGCACUUUGAUCGAUAAAUUUUCUAAAAAUUUUUUUUUUUUUUAAUUUUUUUUUAUCAAUAAAAAUAAUAAUUUUUGUGUAAAUAGUUUUGAUACCAAUUAAUAAUGGCGUAUUAAAAAAUAAUGAAAUUUUAGUUAUAUCUUGCUUUGUUUUAAAGGAUAAAGAGUAAAUAGCAUUUUAUUAAACAAAUUUAUUAAUCUAAUUCGAUAAAUUUUUGAAAUUUUUUGUUUUUUUAAAUUUUAUAUAAAUUUUUUUUUUAUAAAAAAUUUUAUAAUGAUUUUUUUUUUAAAAAAAUUUUCUUAACCCCCCUUUAAACUGGAACUAAAUUUUUAGUUCCAAUUUAAAGGGGGGGGAGUGAGAAUAUUGCUAUCUCAAAAGAAGCUCCCAAAAGAGCCGUGGACUGAUUUGAUGAUACAAAGCGUCCUUACAGACUUAGCCAUGAUGGAUUCUAAUAAUUUUACUUCAAGAGCAGGUGUGGGAGAAAGAGAAGGGAGGAUUUUCUCUUCAAUUGUCCAACAUAGGCACUUUUAUUUUUCACACGGAAUUGGGAGAUCAGGAGAGAUUUCAGCGAUCCAGCCUAAAGCUGCAGGGUCAAGUUUAAUGGCAAUUCUUACAAACACCUUUGCCAAACAUGCAUUGAAAAUCUCUGGAAUAAGAAAAGUUGACUGCAUGGUUGUGCCAAUGGCGACUGGGAUGUCUAUAUCAUUGGCAAUGCUUGCACUGAAGCCUCAAAGACCGGUAUUAGUAACUUAGCAAGCUAAAUAUGUUGUCUGAACAAGAAUUGACCAAAAGACUUGCUUAAAAUGCAUCUAUACGAUUGGGUUGCAAGCAAUUGUGGUGGAGCCAGAAUUAAAAGGAGACGCAAUAGUGACUGGAGAUGUGCUAAAUGCUAUAGAGAGGGUGCCUAUUGAUGAAAUUUUGUGCGUUUUGUCAACAACUAGCUGCUUCGCUCCAAGGGAGCCGGAUGAUAUUGAGAGAAUUUCGGCUAUUUGUAAAGAAAAAGGGAUUCCUCACAUCGUUAAUAAUGCAUAUGGGCUUCAAUGUCACAAAAUCUGUGGAAAAAUAUCAAACUCAAUCAGAAACGGGAGAGUUGAUGCCAUUGUGCAGAGCACAGACAAAAAUUUUAUGGUCCCUGUUGGAGGAGCAGUGAUUGCUUGUCCAAGCUCCGAAUUCCUCAAGAGUAUAUCGUCAACUUAUCCAGGACGCGCAUCAGGUGCUCCAAUUCUGGAUCUUUUCGUGACCUUCUUGUCUAUGGGUGAAGCUGGGUAUCAAAGAAUUCUCAGAGAAAGAAGAUCAUUAGUUCCAAUAUUCAAGCAAAGACUUACUCCCCCCUCCGUGAGUGAACAAAAAAAUUUUGUUCGGGUUAAUUUUUUUUUUUUAAAAAAAUUUAUAUAUAAAUUUUAUAGAAAAAUAAUUUUUUCGAAAUUUUAAAAAAAAUCCUAAUUCGCAAAAAUUGGAAAGCAAAUAUUAAUUUAAUUUAUAAAUUUUGUGUUUUUAAAAAGCAAUUUGUUUAAAAUUAAACAGAAUUAGCUCGAUUUUAUUAUAUUAAUUAUCAAUUAUAUAUCAAAUUUUUUUUCCAUAAAACACUUUUCUAUUAAAAAAAUUUUUGUUUACUCACGGAGGGUGGGUUUUUGGGCAAAAAAUAGCGAUUUUUCUAAUGUUUUUGUUCACUCUCGGGGGGGGGGAGUUAGUGAGUUUGCUCGUUCAUUUGGUGAAAGGUUGCUGGAAUCACAGAAUAAUACAAUUUCAUAUGCUAUUUCUCUAGACCAUUUUCCUAAUCCAACUGCAAUUGGCUCUUCACUGUUUUUAAGGAGAGUGUCAGGAACUCGAGUAAUUACUCCUCAAUCAAGUAAAUCAGUGUGUGGCAUUUCCUUCAAUAGUUAUGGGGCAAGCUAUAGCAAUUACCCUUUAGCUUAUAUAACAGCUGCUUGUGCAGUUGGAUUAUCACCCCAAGAAGUUGAUCUAUUUUUUGAGCGUUUAUCUCAAGUCUUGAGAGAUUCGAGAGCUGCUUACUCCCCCCCCCUCCGUGAGUGAACAAAAAAAUUUUGUUCACUCACGGAGGGGGGUUAAUUUUUUUUUUUAAAAAAAUUUAUAUAUAUAAUUUUUAUAAAAAAUAAUUUUUUUCGAAAUUUAAAAAAAUCCUAAUUCGCAAAAAUUGAAAAGCAAAUAUUAAUUUAAUUUAUAAAAUUUAUGUUUUAAAAAGCAAUUUGUUUAAAAUUAAACAGAAUUAGAUUUCAUUAUACUAAUUAUUAUUUAUAUAUCAAAUUUUUUUUCCAUAAAAAAUUUUUCUAUUAAAAAAAUUUUUGUUCACUCACGGAGGGUGGGUUUUUGGGCAAAAAAUAGCGAUUUUUCUAAUGGUUUUGUUCACUCACGGAGGUACUAG